CCAGCGCUCCUCAGCCGUCGGUCCGGCAGAUUCCAUCAACAUGAGGACCGGUGCCUGGAUUGUUGUCCGACGGUGUCAGGAACUCACUCGGCAUGGGCACGAAGACUCUCGUCCGGAAGGCCCUUAUCUCUCGAUCAUCCCCUCGUCUCAAGAACUGCUUCGGAACCAAGCCAGCCGUGAUUCCCGAGGGCAUCGAACAAGCAUCCAACGCUUUCAUCACUCGGCUACCACCAUCUGCCAGUGACCUCGUCGAGAAGCCGGAGCCCGAGCUUGCAGGGCUGACCGUCGCGAUCAAGGACAUCUUCUGUACGCGUGGAUCAGUGACCAGCUGUGCCAGCGCCGCAUUAAGAGAAUUCAAGCCCCCCUACGAUGCUCACGUGGUCUCACAGCUACGGCGCCAUGGCGCCAGGAUCGUGGGGAAGACGAAUAUGGACGAGUUUUCUAUGGGUUCUGCCAGUACGUUCUCGAGCCAUGGACGGGUCGUUAAUCCACAUGGAUUCUGUCCAAGCCGGCAAACCAUGCUCGAGUCCCGCUCGGCGGGUGGCAGUUCGGGAGGAUCAGCUGCUGCCGUGACCGCAGGCUUGUGCGACAUUGCGAUCGGAUCCGAUACUGGGGGAUCGAUCCGUCUGCCCGCCGGCCAUUGCGGACUGAUCGGCCUCAAACCCUCUUACGGUCUUAUCUCUAGGUUCGGUAUGGUGCAGUACUCCACCAGCCUGGACACAGUUGGCAUCCUAGCCCGGUCUACCGAUCAGAUUCGCAAGACGUUUUCUUGCCUAAACGGACAUGAUCAGCGUGACCCGACCUCAAUUCCCAAGAAAUAUCGUCUAAAUUCUAACGAGCUCAAUCGUCUUUGGCAAGCACGUUUCGCGCGCGAGUCUGGAGAUCUUUCUGACAUACGUGUCGGCAUACCAAUUGAAUACUUCAAUUCAGAUGUUUCGGAGGACAUCCUGAGUGCUUUCAGAGCGACCGUCGAUUUUCUCAAGCAACGUGGUGCCCAGUUGGUUUCGAUCUCUUUGCCAUCCACUUCGAGCUGCCUGGGAGCAUACUAUGUGAUUGCUAGUGCCGAGGCCAGCAGCAAUCUCGCUCGGUAUUCUGGGUUACACUAUGGUCGUCGAAGUGUCGUGGAUUGCCCUGCCCGUUCACAGGCUGCAUCUGUUCCUCAACAUCUCUACUCCGCUACAAGGACAGAAUUCUUUGGAGACGAAGUCAAACGGAGAUUGCUUCUGGGAGCAUACACCCUCUCAGCGAGUGGAAUGAAGAAUUACUUUAUUCAAGCUCAAAAGGUACGACUUAAGGUGCGAGCAGAAUUCGAGCGCACCUUCCGAAUGCCGAGCGCGCUGUCGACGGGCGAGAUGUCGAUCUCACCGGCGGGAGUGGAUUUCUUACUUACGCCUGCCACCUUGAGCACCGCGCCUCGGCUGGACGAUUCGGAGCAGAAUGUCGAAAGCUGGAGCCAAGACCAGUUACUCGUACCCGCUAGCUUGGCCGGCCUUCCAGCAAUGGUCGUUCCGGUCAAGUGUCCCAAGCCCACAGCAGCUAAGCCCUGGCCGGUGGGUGUUCAGAUCAUCGGACAAUGGGGUGCUGAACCCAUGCUUUUUCAUCUUGGAUCGGAGCUCGAGCAGAUCAGGCCAUGAGCAACCGCAAAGGAUGCCUACACCUUAGUUCAUGUUUCUUAACGUCAUGAUAUGUCAUCAUCAUCCUUCUUGCGGUGUUCUGAAGAGUUCUCUCAUUGAGUUUUCUGAACUUUGAAAAAUCAGACCCGGGUCCUGAAGUCCGAGGUCUGGACUUUUGAUUUCAAUAUACAACUGAGUUUAAACCAGGUCUGGGGAG